AUGUACCGAGCAAAGUUCCAGCACCCUCACCCGGGCCAACUCAACUUCGACGAGUUCGUCGCCGAAGACGUGCUGAAAAUCCAAAACAACAAUCUCACGUCCAAUUUACUCGUUAGCCCAGGAACAGAAAAAGCACAAGCAGAUUGGAGCGAACUCAUGAAUGGAAAUGACCAGGCUUUUAUGGAUUUGAACAUCACAGAAGAUGAUUCAUUUUCGACGAUAUUUGAUGAUGUUAUACAAAUACCGAAUGCAAUUCUUAACACAAACACAAAUGAGAAGCAACAAGAUGUGAUUGGCUGGAGUCAAAAUACCACAGCAAAUUCGAUUAACUCGUUUAGUAAUCCGUUCACAAAUAUCUCUGAGAGUUCAUUGAACGUCGACGACUCCAACCUCAUCUCUACUCCUCAAAUUAAUAAUAGUCCCAAAUUUUCGACAGAAGAUGCUCCAUUUGACAUUGAAGUUGCAGCCAAUUCGCCAAACACUAAUUUGGCCACCCUCAAACCCUCCAAGAAACGAUUAUUAAGUCCUCUUGUUCAGCCGAAAGAACCGCACUCUCUCACCACCGACUCCAACUCCAUCCCCUCAGCCGCUUCUCUUCCUCCGAAAAAGAAACGUCGCCCCCGCGCCAAGAAGAUUCUCACCCCUGCGGAGAUUCUCCGGGCUCGCGAAAAAUACCUCGAGAAAAAUCGACGCGCAGCACGAAAAUGUCGACUUAAGAAGAAAGCCGAGAUGACCGCUGACCAAGAAAGAUACGAGUGUUGUGUUGCCGAAAUCAAUGCUACGAAAACUAAGCUGUUGGAAAGUCGGAGGGAACUGCUGAACUUGAUUGAAAUUUGUAAGGGAAUGGUAAGGGAGGGAUGCGGUGAUGUGACCAUUAAAAAAUUUGUGGCGAAUUGGGAGAGAAGAGAAGAGGCUUACAGGGGAAUGCUUGAGAGCGCGGAUGUGGGAGUUGAGGCUUGGAAGUUGAUCGAGAAGUGUAGGAGUGCAAGAUUAGGAGAGGGAGCCUUGGGGGAUGCCGUGGAUCUGGAGGGAGAAGGGAAAGGGCUUGUAUGUUGUGUAAAUCUCUGGGAGGCGGGAAAUGGCUGUGAAGUUGGGAACGAAGCGAACAUCGAACAGGUAGAUUGCGAUAUGGAUCCCGGAACGACACUCAAAUUUGAAAAUCAAAGCUACAGUGCUUCGGCAAAUAUGGGAUGUGAUGAAUCGACUUCGUUCAGUUCUCUUCAAUCCUCACCUCUAGUACAGCAAACACAGUUGUACGAACAACAAAUAAAUCAGCAGCACCGACCGCCAGAUCUGAAGUGGCAUGAAAUGAUCACCUCCUUACAACAAAGCUAUGCUCUUGAUCCUAUUGCAGCUUUUCCAAACCACAAUGAGAACGGGAAGUUUCUUUUCCAGAAGCUCUUAAAUCAAAUCAAUAGAUCAAGGAGUACCCCUGUACCUAUGAAUACUCUGAUCUCACCCUUGUACCAAGAGCAAGAACAAGACAUUGUUCCUACAGAAGAAUCAUCCGUAUCUGUACCAGUUGAUUCCGCCUCUACAUCACCUCUGAAUCAUCCAGCUCAAGUCCAAACUCUGCCACGACCACUAGUUCCCCAUCUACAACGACGACCAAACUGCUACAUAACAACAUCAGGAAUACGUCAACAAAGCUUCGAUAGCGGCUAUGGAUCCUUUUCCUCCGCAUCAUCUUCUCAGAAGAACUCAGCGCCUCCUUCUCAAACCUCAGAUAUCAAUGCGAAUUGUUGGUCUCCAGAUUUAGCUCCUGCAUGCAUUGGCAGUGUAAAUAUAGUUGACAUCCAGUCACCGCUACUUUCCGAUCAAGUAACCGACACGUGUCUGGAUUUCAUACCUGAGAGCCAAAUGGGGAUCGAGAACGGAAAGGAUCUUCUACCUCUAAACUCGACCGCGAACUUAGUUCCAAAUUAA